UAAUUUAAACCCGGAACAAACAGGAGCAGAAAGCGAAGCAGCUGCUCGGUGUUUAUAAAAGGACUGUAAAUAAACUGUGGACACGCAGGGACCGAAGAGGCUGAAAAACAGGAGAGUUUCAGAGACGCUGACGAUCAUCUGCCCGCAGCCGGAACCAGACAUGAAGCUGAACAUGAGGGCGGAACGUUAGACUAACACAUCUGUUUUUGUUUUUUAUUUUUCUUUUAACGGCUGUCUUUUUAAUUAUUUAAAAGGCUUUUAUUUAGUGUUUUUUUCUUUUAAUUACUUGAAGUUAUAAUGAAGAGCUCCCUUUGUACCAGCGGCAGGAGUUGGAACGGGAGCAGCGGGGCGGCCGGGCUGCUGUACACGCUGCUCAUUACGUGUCUCUGGGCUGCGGUGAUCGGUUACAAGCCGGUGAUCAUAGUUCACGGUUUAUUCGACAGCUCAGGGGAUUUUAAAAACUUACAGCGGUUUAUCAACAAGUCUCAUCCUGGAACAAACGUGACGGUCAUCGACUUGUUCGACCGAAGCGCCAGCCUGGAGCCCAUGUGGAAACAGGUGGAGGGAUUCAAGGCAGCUAUUUACCCAGUAAUGCAAAACGCAGCAGAUGGGGUUCACUUUAUCUGCUACUCUCAAGGUGGGCUGGUUUGCAGAGGGAUCCUCUCCACUCUGUCGGACCACAACGUCCACUCCUUCAUCUCUCUGUCCUCACCUCAGGCCGGCCAGUACGGAGACACGGACUACUUAAAGUACCUCUUUCCUCAGUUUGUAAAGUCGAACCUUUACCACCUCUGCUACACUGCAAUAGGUCAGAGGAUCUCCAUCUGCAACUACUGGAACGACCCCCACCACAGAGACCUGUAUGUGAACAGCAGCGAUUAUCUGGCUUUGCUCAACAGCGAGAGACCAAAUCCAAAUUCAACAGAGUGGAAGAAGAACUUCUUGAAAAUCCAGAAGCUAGUGUUGAUUGGAGGACCAGACGACGGAGUCAUCACUCCCUGGCAGUCGAGUCAGUUUGGAUUUUAUGACGACAACGAGACGGUUGUUGAGAUGCAGCACCAAGACCUGUAUUUACAAGACAUUUUCGGCCUGAAGACGCUGGCGGCUCGUGGAGAUCUGAUCCUCUGCUCUGUUCCCGGUGUUGAACACGUCUUUUGGCACUCGAAUGAGACUGUGUUCCACACAUGUAUGGAGAAGUGGCUGGUGUAGAAUGAAAUUCUGCUGCAGUGCACACACACAUACACACAUACACACACGCACACGCACAGAUAAACACACAUCUCACUUUAUAAGCUUUUACCCUCCAGCACCUCUACAACCACUGUGUAGGAUCCUGACAGAGCUUAGUGGAGGACGUCGUCUCAUCUUCAUCCAACAGUGAUUCUAGGAUUCAGUUUACUUUUACUUUCUGUCAAGGGGGUUUUUGUUGUACAUUUAUUUUUUUGUCUUAACAAAACUUUCUUAGGUCACUUUUAAACUAGUAGAUCUACAUUUGGGAAAUACGUUCAUUUGCUGUCUUGCUGAGAGUUAGAAUUUCGAUUCCACUCUCAUUUCUACACAGCAUAUAUGAAUCCACAGCUCACAUCCAGUCAGCUUAGCCUUACAUAAAAACUGGAACUGAGGGGAAACAACAACCUCUCUUUGCCCAAAGGUGACAAAAUCUGCACAUUGGUAUCUCUAAACUCACUAGUUAACACUUUAUAUCACCUUUCUUAACCUGCACAAAAGGUAAAGUGUAAAAUGACCAUCUACAUUUUCAUUUCUCAGAUUGUCUCUUAAUGUGGGAUGCAGGUUCUUCCUGGAGUUAUGUCAUCUUCAAAAGGUUGCAUCAACUCUGUAGAUUAAUUUUUGUACAGAUUAAACUAACAAGAUGUGCACAUAUUGUUCAGUGAGCUUCAAGGCAGUGGUGGGAACAUUUUUUUAACCUUAGGACAGAAGCAGGUUAGCUGUUUUACCCUGUUUCCAGUUUUUAUAAGCUAAUACCUUCUGACUGAUAUUAAUGUGCCGUGCAUUUCCCAAAAUGUUUCACUAUACUAUUUAAUAUUUAUUAAUCCGCAUUGUUGCUAAAUCCAGCACAUCAGUGGGUGCUGAAAAGUUUUUACUGAAGUUUCACAGAAUUACUGAAGGUUUAACUUCUUAACAUUUGCCCUCCUUCAUGUUGCAAAAAUGAUACACCCAUAUACAUAAUAGAAAAAGUUAAGAAACAACCGUUUUUCUGUGUGCACACUCUUAUUCAAUUUAAGGGAUUGUUGCUGCUGUGAUAUUUGUAUCUUAAAAUGGUUUACACAAUGUACAGUUUGCCAAAUGUGAUUCAAAGUGGCACGACGCCUUUCUAAAAACAGCAGCAGAAUUUUCCCUCAUGUUUGGUUCGUAAUUGUUGAGGGGUUAAAUCUGCUCUUAUCUUUGACAGUCUGCAACGGAAACACAAUUCACACUUUAAAGGAGCAUUCUGCCAAUUUAGCACUGCUUUUCCAGCGCUACCGAAAAUUUAACUGCAGGGAAUCAGAGAGCGACCAGAAAUCUGUGAAGUGCAACAAAACAUUCAUUGGUUGCACCAGUGCAACUGAUAUUUAACAGGUUUGUCUGUGUUUCUGGGCGACCCGUCCUAGUGGGUAAAUCAUUUGGUUGGCCUUAUUUCGCUCUUCUUAAAGUAAUUUUUGGGCACACAGCAGUCAGAGCUGCUGCUUUACAGUAGCUUAGUGGAGACUAGAGGCCUCUCUGUGCUCUGCCUGUUGAUGCAUGUGAGGCCUUUCGGGAACAUCAGUAACUUGUAGCUUCAGAAAACAGCCUGGUCAACUCCUUCCUGUGAAACUGCAUGAGUUUCUGCAUGCACAUUGGUUGUGCUACACCACUCACCACUACGAGUAAACUCUCAGCCUGUGGGAUGCACUGAGAUAAAAACAGUUAACAUUGUGUAUUAUAUUUAUUGUGAAGAGUAUGGCCAAAUUAAAAUGUUCUAAAAACAUUGUGUGCUGUGAUGGAUGCAUUUAGGCACAAGGUAGCAGCAAACGAAAUCGAUGAGGAGUCAGAAAUUAAAAUAACAUUUAACUCUGCUUAUAAUGUAGCCAAAAACGUGCUGCCUUUUACCAAGUCCCAGAUCAUUUUAUUGAAAUAGAACAGGUUAAAUAACAAACAAAACAUUUAUCUGCAUAUUUAUUCCUGUUGAUAAUAAUUUACAGAAUGUGGUGAGAAAUUCUCAGUCGGUAGCAGAACCAACAUUAAAGAUAACUCUUACCAUUUAUUGUUAAGCACUACAAGGUCAAAAAUUUGGGUGCACCUAAAUUGUUAGCUGUUACAUCUAAAGGAACAAGUUGGACUUAUCAAUGCAACCAAUGGUAAAAAGUUAGUCUGGAGUCAAUGUAGAAGAGGUUAAGAGUCUGAGAUAUCCUGACACUUACUCACAAGCCAGAGCCAGGUCCCACAAAAAAUGUACUUUUUCAUUCAACCUUUUUCUCUCUUUCACAUUUUUGGCAAUUUUAUUGCUAAAAAUAAAAAAUCUCAAGCCCAAACUGUGUUAAUCCCCAGAAGAUCCCCACUGUUGUUACUUAAGGUCUCCCCUUAUGUGCUCUGAAAUGCAAAAUUGGUGGAGUGAACCUUUAAUUUGUCUGAAAAUAUGACUUUAUUACCUUGAAGGCCACAUACAGAGUGUUUAUCCAUGUGUGUGUCUGUGUCCGCUUGGUCACACAUACCUCAAUAACCCCACGCAACACAACAGUGCCUGAGCGACAUUCGGUCCUCUCCUCUUCAUAUACAGAUUCACUGCCCUGCUCAUCUUAUGAUGCAGUCAUUUCUAUCUUUUUAACCCUGCGGACUCAAGUCCCGUCUUUUUUAUCAGUGUCUGAUCGUCAUGUUUGUUGUCACUAUCAUGCAGUGCUUUAGAGCUUUAGUAGAUUAAGCCUUAAAUUUUCCCUACAUGUCUCAGUGUUUCUUGUCCAUUACCAAAGUGCUAUGACACACUGCCUUUAGUGACGGUGCUAAAAAUACCGAUAGGGAGGGAUGGCGACGAGCAGAUGAUGACUAGAGGGUGGCAGUGCUAUGUUAGUGUUUACUGGUCCACCAAACUAAUGUACGUGGCACUCUUUACCUCCCAUCGCAUUUAGAGAACUCAGGCGUUUUAGAAACCUUCUGUUCGUUCGUCUCUGUUGGAAAAGGGAUAUGUUUUCUUAACUCUUUGCAUUUUGUUUAUUGCUGUCUGUUGUACUUAUAGAUGUUUCUCGAAGGACGGAAAAUGGAAAUGUCUAUUGUGUGAUAAAAUAACAAGGGAACUGCUACUGAAUGAGUGGAGUAUUGCACAGUUUAAGGAAAAAGGGAACUUUUAAAGACGGGAUGGUUUUAACUGUGUUGAAGUGUUAUUUUUAGUAAUGUUGCAUCCUUUGUUUCAUGUAUGCUUGCACAAAUGAUCUGACCUAGAACUGACUGAACUGUAUAAAUUUUGGAUUUAAGGGACAUCCUGCUCUGUUCAAUUUUCUUGUCAUACAAAUGGUAAACAUGGAUACGGACACUUUUUCAAAACUAAAAACGGAAAGUACUAUUUUGACAGGGUCCUACGAUUUCUAUAGUGUUUGUCCUGCAAAUAACAAGGUGUCAAAUGCUGUCAGUUCCUCAAUAAAAGACAGUUUUGAACAUCUGA